AAAUUUUCAUGAAAGGACACUAUUUAUGGAAUUUAUGCAAUUUAGUUGGAUAAAAUAGGAAUUUCAACAGGUCGGUUUUUUAAGUUGAAGGACUCCCAUGCUUCCAAAUUUUCAUGCAAGGACAUUUUAGGUUGCUAUAUAAGAAUCCAGUUUUGCAACAUAUCGUACCACGCAGAACCAAUUUGCUUUCUUCUCUGCUUUUGGCUUCUUGUUUGCUUCGAGUCGCAUUUUAAUUGCUCCAUUUUUCGUCGGCAAAGAUGACUAUCCUCACCGAGCAACCUGAGCUUGGGUUACAAAUGGGGGAAAAGAAGAUUAUUUCUUCAGAGAUCAAUGGAGAAAUCAGUGAAUUAGUAUUGGAUGGUGGGUUUGUGGUGCCCAAAGAGAUCUCAAAAAAUGAUGGAAUUGUGGCACAAGAAAUUGCAGCGUCCAAUGAGGCUUUCAUUGCACCUGAAAUUAAUUCAUUUGGCCAGUCUUUCAGGGAUUAUAACGCUGAAAGCGAAAGGCAUAAAUCUGUGGAGGAAUUCUACCGGUUGAACCACAUUCAUCAAACUUAUGAUUUCGUGAAGCGAAUGAGGGAGGAGUAUAGCAAGUUGAAUCGAGUCAAAAUGAGCAUAUGGGAAUGUUGUGAACUCCUCAAUGAGGUUGUGGAUGACAGUGAUCCUGACUUGGAUGAACCACAAAUUGAGCACUUGCUGCAAACUGCUGAAGCAAUUAGAAAAGACUAUCCCGAUGAAGAUUGGUUGCACUUGACUGCUCUUAUUCAUGAUCUUGGAAAAGUGCUUCUGCUUCCUAGCUUUGGAGAGCUUCCUCAAUGGGCUGUUGUUGGAGACACACAUCCUCUCGGGUGCGCUUUUGAUGAAUCCAUUGUUCACCACAAGUAUUUCAAGGAAAAUCCGGAUUACAACAAUCCUUCCUACAACACUAAGAAUGGGAUCUACUCAGAAGGAUGUGGACUGGACAAUGUCAUGAUCUCUUGGGGUCAUGAUGACUACAUGUACUUGGUGGCCAAAGAAAACGGAACCACUUUGCCUAAGGCUGGAUUGUUCAUCAUCCGGUAUCACUCAUUUUAUCCUUUACAUAGGGCAGGGGCAUAUAGACACCUUAUGAACAAGGAGGAUGAAGAGAAUCUUAAGUGGCUUCAAGUAUUCAACAAAUAUGACCUCUACAGCAAGAGCAAAGUUCGAGUUGAUGUCGAAAAAGUGAAGCCAUAUUAUUUGUCCCUCAUUGAGAAGUAUUUCCCAGCAAAACUGAGAUGGUGAGCCCUUUAGGUUUUCGGCGUGAUCUAUAUAUUAAGGAAAAUUGAACCUUUUAUGUUCUGCUUCAAGAUGUUCAAUGUUGUACAAAGUGUUUGAUUAAAAAAGAGGCUGUUGAGUUGUAUUAAAUUCUAUGUGAGGAGUUGUAUUGUAUGCUUGUAACUUUUAAUAAAUGUAUUCUUCUUGUGCCGCUGCCCCAUAUUCAAAGAUAAAUAAAGAAAAUUGUAUUUCUGCA